UUUUCAAAAUUUUUUGUAAAACAAAUUUUGAUUGAAAAAUGGCAGCCCUGAUUUCCUGCAUCUUCUCCUCUUCGACGCUGCUGUCAAUGGGGCUCUACCACCUCAUCUGCACCACCCGAAACCACCUAAAGUCCCCUCGAGACUACACCGCAAAGCCCUACCACCCCUUCCCCCCUGCCUCCUCCUCUUCAACCCUGAAGCACAUCCAGCUCUACCUGCUCAUCCUCUACCUCUUGCUGGCCUUGGGUCACCAACUCCUCACUUCCUCCGACUCCGACCCACUCAUCAAAGGUCACACCCCAGUCCACCGUUUCUCCUCCCUGCAGUCCGCCGCCGUGCUCUUCCUAUUCCUCAUCCUCUCCAUCUCGCUCCUCCUUUCCUCCACCACCUCCCUCCUCCCCAUCCCCUCAGACCUCUUCUUCGCAAUAGCCUCUGUUGUCUUCUUCCUUCACUACUAUAUCUCCUCCGCCGCCGCCUCCUUCCAGAUCUCCGAUCUCCAGGCCAAAUGCGACUCCGUCUCCUCCUGGAUUUCUGCUGCCUCUGCCCUCCUCUGCCUCCUCCUCGCUUGCCAGCCCAGAUUGUUCAUCGCCGAUGUGGGUUUCGGCGCUUCCAUCUGUCUCCAGGGGCUCUGGGCUUUGCAGACUGGUUUGUCGCUUUAUGUCGAGGCUUUCAUCCCCGAGGGUUGUCAUCGUCUCUUGGAUGUCGUCAAUGGGGUCGAGGGUUCCACCAAAUGUGAUCUAGAGGAGUCUAGGUUUAGGGCCGUUGCUAUUCUGGAUCUCGCAUUUGUGGUUCAUGUCACUUUUGUUCUCGUCACCGUCAUUGGUGUUUAUGCAGCCAUAGCUAAGAGCGUUGGUUUGAAAAGGCUUGGCUCCUAUGAGGCAUUGCCCACUAUGUCCUCCGGAGGCGGAGAUUCCAAUCACAAUCACGUCCAGAUGAAGGCUUUGGCGGGAACGCAAGCCUGAACUCUCAUCUCAGAGUUCGUUUGCAGAAUGGGUCAAAAGUUGGUUUGAAAUCCCCGGUCCUUCCAAAGAUGAUAUUGGAUGAAUUAGUCAAUCUAACACUGUUUUGUUUUCAUAAAUUUGGAAGACUAGUUUUCUUGGAACAAGUUUGCCUUUGAUUAUACUCAUUGCAGUCCUGCUGAAACCUUGUUGAUGGCGAACAGCUUGUGUCUGGAGUUGGAGGAAACUUGCAUACAUCUGGACACCCUACCUGAAAACGAUCCAGACGGGGAAGGCUCUUUUUGGACACCUCCUGUUUAUGGAUUCUUCAAGAUGAUGCAAAAGAGGCAUUUUGCCUACCCUUAUGCAGUAUAUGGUGCAGUUGUUUGUGACUGUUCUGGUAUUUUUGGUCGGGAGCGCAGGGCAUGGAGAACGUUCUGAAGGCACCCCCCUUUACCGGUAUGUGCCACUGUUUGUACAAAGCUUUCUCGUCUCUUGGUCAUUGGGGUGUACCAAAUUUGUGAUGGAAACAGACUCUGAUCUGGUUAUAGCCUUAUUCUGAGUGUGCAGCUCCCUUCGUGGGAAAUUUGCAACUUUUUGGAGGACGUUUGGCAUUUCAAGCACUUUUCUUAA